AUGCACAGACGCGGCGGCGUCGGCCUCGCGGGCCUUGAUCGCCAGAAACAGAAUCAGCGCUCGUACGCCGCGCUCGGCAGCCAGCUCUCGCGCGCCCAGCUAGACUCUUUCCAGUCUGAUCUCCACAAGUUCCGCACGGCGCUUACCGCCUUCGCGCGGGACCAUCGCGAUGCCAUUCGCGGCGAUCCGGCAUUCAGACGCCAGUUCACCCAGAUGUGUGCACAGCUCGGCGUCGAUCCCCUCGCCGGCCCAAGGAAGGGAGGCUGGUGGGAAGAUGCGCUUGGUCUGGGCGAUUGGCAGGCAGAACUGGCUGUGCAGAUUGUGGACGUCUGUGUCAGUACCCGCGAGCGAAAUGGCGGGCUUAUCGCGCUAGACGAGCUCGUGCGCCUCUUGUCGCGUAUGCGCGGCGUCGAUGGCGGCGCUGUAACGGAGGACGACGUCGGCCGCGCUCUGAAAGCAUUGCGACCACUCGGCACUGGAUACGAGCUCGUCGAUUUCGGCGACGGGCGCAAGAUGGUGCGAUCAGUCGCCAAAGUACUCGAUGCGGACCAGAUGUCCGUGCUUGCGACCGCCCAGGCGCAUGGAGGACGUGUUGACGAACAUAUGCUCGUCGAACAGCGAGGAUGGACGCAGGAACGCGCAAAGGCCGUGCUACAUCUUAUGUUGCUCAAGGACGGGACGUGUUGGAUUGAUGAUCAAGAUGGGCCCAGUGGAGAUGGUAUUGCAUACUGGGUUCCUGCUGCCAUGCAAUGGGAAGAGUGA